AAAGCUCUUGUAAAACUGCCACUUGGAAUUGGAAAGCUCUGUCAAGUCAGAGACCACCAUUGCAGUAAAAUUUUUUCUUCUCAUCUCUCCUCCUUUUCUCAACCAAUAAAUUCAAUCUUUUUCAAAAGCAACCAUAAUUCUCACUAUAAACAAACUCACAAAUUCACAAUAACUAAAAAAAUUUCUUAAAAAAUAAAAAGUUUUCCCCUUUUCUCAUCAGAUUCCACAAAUCUAAUGUUAAAAUUUCAACAAAUCUUCAAUUUCAGCAAAACCCAUUAAUUUGCAAUCUGAUUCUUUUGUCAAAAAAAUUGAAGAAAAUUUUUGGGUUAAGUUGAACUGAUUGAAUCAGGAACUGGGUAAUUCUUAAUUUACAAUGGGAAGUAAUAAUGAGAGAGAAAAUAAUGUGCAAAUGGUCAAUUAUUAUGCUGAAAAUACUGUAUUUGUUGCUGUGGGAAAGAAUUUCAAGGAGAGUGAAUCUGCGUUGACAUGGGCAGUGAAGAAAUUUGGUGGGAAGAAGAGAAUUUGCAUCCUUCAUGUUCACCAACCUCACUUGCUCACUUUUUUAGAUGGGAAGUUAUCAAUCAGCAAAUUCAAACAAAUAGCAGUCAAGGCACUCCAUGAAUCACAUAUGCAGAAACUCCAUAAACUCGUCAGUCAAUAUGUUUCCUUUGUUUCUCAAAUGGGGGUGCGUGCAGAUAGGAUGUGGAUAGAAAUGGAGACUGUUGAGGAUGGAAUAGUUAAGAUGAUUGCUGAGCAUGGUAUCAAAUGGCUAGUGAUGGGAGCAGCGGCAGACAAAAAUUACACAAAGGAAAUGGCUGACUUGAAGUCCAAAAAGGCAAAAUAUGUCUAUGAACAAUCCCUGGUUUCCUGUCACAUUUGGUUUAUUUGUAGGGGAAAGCUUAUCUGUACAAGGGAGGGUAUUAAAAACUAUCCUGGGGUGGAUAUGUCAGACGCAGCUGAAUCGCAAGUUUCUAAUAUGGCCACCAAAGAAAUAGAAAAAAUAAGAUUAGCUGGUCCUGGUGCAGAAUAUCCCCCAAUUUCACAACCUCUAGAUUUGAGUGGUGUGGCUGAAGAAGUAGAACACCUGAGAGUAGAAGAUCGUCUCGUAGGUGGACUAUCAUUGGAUUCAGAUGUUUCAUCUGAAGGGUCUUUGUCAGGAUCUUUAGCAUCAGACGUGGUGACUGAAGAAGUAGCAAGUGUCAGAGUAAACGAUCUUGGUGCCAAUACACUAUUGUUAGAGGCACAAGUGGUUGCAACUGAAUCACAAGAUUCUAAUAUGGCCACCAAAGAAUCGGAGAAGAUAAGAUUAGGUUGUCCUGGUGCAGAAUACCCCCCAAUUUCACAACCACUAGAUUUUAGUGGUGUGAUUCUUCCGAGAGUAGAAGAUCGUCUUGUAGGUGGACUAUCAUUGGAUUCAGAUAUUUCAUCUGAAGAGUCUGAGUCAGAAUAUGUAGAAUCAGAUGCAAUGACUGAAGAAGAAGUAGAACGUGUCGGCGCAAAAGAUUUUGGUGCCAAUUUACUAUUGCUAGAGUCACAAGUGGUUGCCAAAGAAUCAGGGCCUGUGAGAAUGGAUUGUAUGGCUGAUGAUCACAGAUCACCCCCACGGCUGACAUUUCGGGAACGUGGCUCCAUCCUCCGGGCCUGUUCUGUUGAUUUCAGCUCUGCUAUGGAGAAGGAUACGGUGUUAAAAUCUCCAAACAAUAGUAGGACUUCAAAUGAUUGCAUAGACAAAGAGAAAGAGGACCAUGGAUAUGAUAGCAACUUGCAGUUAUUCAAAUUUCGUUCUUCAUUCAAAUCAUUGUCGUCUGAAGGCAAAAUGGCAGGAAAAGCUAAACUGCAAACACCAAGAGAAACUUAUGGUAGACUGGAACAAGCCACUUCUGAUGCUGAAAACUUGAAACAGUUAGCGUUUGAGGAAUCAGUCAAGCGAUGGAAAGCUGAGGAUGAAGCCGUUGAUGCUAAGAGAAAGGCUGAUGCUGCAAAAAGUAAAUAUAUUGAGAUGGUGAAACAAAGAUUAGCAAUGGAGGAAGCUUUGGUAAAAAGGAACCUAGAAUGUGGAAGAAUCAAAGAAGAAUAUGAGAAGUGUAAGAAAGAACUUCCAAUGGUCCAAAAUCAAUGUUUUGGCCUAAAAAGCCAGAUCACAGAAUCUGAAAUUGCAGCUAAGGAGCUGGAGGAGAAGAUUAUUUCUGCUGUUGAGCUCUUGAUAUCUUUCAAAAGUCAGAGGGACCAGUUACAGCUGGAGCGUGAUAAGGCUGUCCUAGAACUGAAGAAUCUGGAGAAUUUGAAGCAACAGAGAACUGCAGCAUUGUCCGGCCUACAAUUUUCAACAUUUUCCUUGGUGGAGAUUGGUGAAGCAACUUGCAGUUUUGACCCUUGUAAAAGAAUUGGAGAUGGGAGAUGCGGAAGCAUUUAUAGAGGGAUCCUUCGACAUGUAGAUUUUGCUAUAAGGAUGCUGCCAAAUGAUGGGUUCUUGAGCCAACAGAUGUUUGAACAUUGGGUUGAAAUUCUUAGCAGAAUACGGCAUCCAAACAUAGUGACUCUUAUUGGGAUUUGUCCGGAAGCGCGUACUAUAAUAUAUGAGUACCUUAAAAGAGGUAGUUUGGAAGACCAGCUAGCAUGCAGGGGGGAAACUUCCCUUCUGCAAUGGCAAACUCGAGUUCGCAUUGCAAUAGAACUGUGCUCUGCCCUGAUCUUCCUUCAUACAAAUAAUCCUCCAAUUAUUCAUGGGAAUUUAAAGCCCACUAAGGUCCUUCUUGAUGCCAACUUUAAGAGCAAACUUGGUGACUUGGGCAUCUUCUUUUUGAUCCCACAAAAUGAGAUUACUAUCAAAAGCCAACACUGUACCUCUGUUUAUGUUGACCCAGAUUUUCUUGAGACUGGAGUAGUUACUCGAGAAUCAGAUAUAUAUUCAUUUGGGAUGAUACUUUUACGACUUUUAACCGGUAGAACUUCUUCAGGAAUUGUGAAGGAUGUCAAAUGUGCCUUACAGAAAGAUAAGCUUGAGUUUAUAUUGGAUUUUUCAGCUGGAGACUGGCCGAUUAAUCAAGCAAGGACACUGGCUCGAAUGGCAUUACAGUGCUGUGACAGAAAACCAUCAAAACGACCUGACCUAGCUUCGGAAAUCUGGAGUGUUCUUGAGCCAUUGAGAAAGUCAUGUGACACUCAAGCAUCAUGCUUGCAGAAGAAGGAAAACCGCCGGCCUCCCCCUCACUUCCUGUGUCCAAUUUAUCAGGAGGUUAUGACGGAUCCGUGUACGGCAGAAGAUGGCUACACCUACGAAGGAGAAGCAAUAAGAGGAUGGUUGGACAGCGGCCAUACAACUUCACCCAUGACAAACCUGAAACUUUCAACCUGUGAUCUGAUCCCCAAUCAUGCUCUUCAGUAUGCGAUCCAAGAAUGGCUGCAGGGCUCAUAAUUGUACAUUCUACACAUUUCUAGCCUUAAGGUUGCACAUAAUAUGGCUACAGGGUAUACUUCUGUAAUUCUUUUAUCUGUCAUACUUGGUUAAUAGUUCUGCAUAUAUACCAAAGCCUUAAUAAUAAGCCUGUGUGGAACCCAAGAAUGACCAAAUGCAUACUGUUGGAAGAUAUAUAAUGUUAGUAAUUAUAUUAUGCUGGACUACUGAGUAUCUAAGUUUACAUACUAUAAUUACUAACAUUAAGAUGUACUCCAACUUAUAGACAAUUUUAGCGAUAAUUACACUUAUAAUUAGAUAGGUUCUGCAGUACAGUGAAGACUAGGGAGAACUAAUAUUUACCUGUGUUCCCUUCAUGUGUUCAAAAGGAUUCUGAACUUUGAUCAAGAGUUUUAUCAUCUUUUUAAUCUAAUAAUUUUUUAUUAA